GGAAAUUGCAUUUUGGAGGUUACAAUCACGUCCGGCGACUGGCACUUCAUACGUUUAGCCUCCAUUUUCUGAGGAGCGUUCAGAGAUGCUAGGCAGCAAAAAGGAGAAGUUUGCUUCAAUUUUCACUAGAGUUAAGGCAAUGAUAGAGAAAGGAGCGUUAGCUUACGAAGACCGUCCUCUGUGGUAUGAUGUAUAUGAAGCAUUCCCUCCACGUGUUGAUCCCACAUAUGGUCGACCCUGCCCUACAAAUACUGUUCAAAAUAUUCUAUAUCCCGAAGAUUGUGAGAGAGCAGCUUUUAGCAGGAGUUCAUACAAGAUGGAACUUUUGAAUAUGUUCAAAAUGACGGAUAAUCGAUCGACGUUGUAUAACAAGUGCAAUGACUUGAGAGAACUCUACCCAGACGUGUCUGCAGAGGAACUUCUGUCUUUAGCUAAAGACGAGUUACAAAAGGAGGGAGUUGUGGCUAAACACAAACCUGAAAACAAAAUAAAUACUUAGUGAAGUUGUUGAUAUCAG